GCUUGGGUCGGGUGUCGCUUGAGAACCGGAUGAGGCGGCGACCGUGAGGCCGAGCCGGGAGCGGGUGUCGCGCCGAGGCCCGGGCGGGCGGGGAGCAACGGCCAAAGAUACCGCGGGGCGGGUCGUUGAGGGUCGAGGACGGGCGGGGGGCGCGAGGCGCUCCGGCCGGGCCUGCCGGCGCCAUGGGCAACCGCGGGAUGGAAGAGCUGAUUCCGCUGGUCAACAAGCUGCAGGACGCCUUUAGCUCCAUCGGCCAGAGCUGCCACCUGGACCUGCCGCAGAUCGCCGUGGUGGGCGGCCAGAGCGCCGGCAAGAGCUCGGUGCUCGAGAACUUCGUGGGCCGGGACUUCCUUCCCCGAGGUUCAGGAAUUGUUACCAGGCGGCCUCUCAUUCUGCAACUCAUCUUCUCCAAAACAGAAUAUGCCGAGUUUCUGCACUGCAAAUCCAAAAAGUUUACAGACUUCGAUGAAGUCCGGCAGGAGAUUGAAGCAGAGACGGACCGGGUCACGGGGACCAACAAAGGCAUCUCCCCGGUGCCCAUCAACCUACGGGUCUACUCACCGCACGUGCUGAACUUGACCCUCAUCGACCUCCCGGGCAUCACCAAGGUGCCCGUGGGGGACCAGCCCCCCGACAUCGAAUACCAGAUCAAGGACAUGAUCCUGCAGUUCAUCAGCCGGGAGAGCAGCCUGAUCCUGGCCGUGACGCCCGCCAACAUGGACUUGGCCAACUCCGAUGCCCUCAAGCUGGCUAAGGAGGUCGACCCCCAAGGCCUGCGGACCAUCGGCGUCAUCACAAAGCUCGACCUGAUGGACGAGGGCACUGACGCCCGGGACGUCCUGGAGAACAAGCUGCUGCCGCUGCGCAGAGGCUACAUUGGCGUGGUGAACCGCAGCCAGAAGGACAUCGAGGGCAGGAAAGACAUCCGGGCAGCGCUGGCGGCUGAGAGGAAGUUCUUCCUCUCCCACCCUGCGUACCGGCACAUGGCCGACCGCAUGGGGACCCCACAUUUGCAGAAGGCCCUGAACCAGCAACUGACCAACCACAUCCGGGAGUCCCUGCCCAACCUUCGCAGCAAGCUGCAGAGCCAGCUGCUGUCCCUGGAGAAGGAGGUGGAGGAGUACAAGAACUUCCGGCCCGACGACCCCACACGCAAAACCAAAGCCCUGCUGCAGAUGGUCCAGCAAUUCGGGGUAGACUUUGAGAAGAGGAUCGAGGGUUCCGGAGACCAGGUGGACACGCUGGAGCUCUCGGGGGGUGCCCGGAUCAACCGCAUCUUCCACGAGCGCUUUCCCUUCGAGCUGGUGAAGAUGGAGUUUGAUGAGAAAGACUUAAGACGGGAGAUCAGCUACGCCAUUAAGAACAUCCACGGAGUCAGGACGGGGCUCUUCACCCCGGACAUGGCCUUUGAAGCCAUUGUGAAAAAACAGAUUGUAAAACUCAAAGAGCCAAGCCUGAAGUGUGUUGACCUCGUGGUCUCAGAGCUGGCCACAGUCAUUAAAAAGUGUGCCGAGAAGCUCUGCUCCUACCCCCGUUUACGAGAAGAAACAGAGCGAAUCGUCACUACAUACAUACGGGAACGAGAAGGGAGGACCAAGGACCAGAUUCUUCUUCUGAUCGACAUUGAGCAGUCCUACAUCAACACAAACCACGAAGACUUCAUUGGAUUUGCCAACUGUUACUAUACUGAGCAGCUGCUCACCGGUGCCCAGCAGAGGAGUACACAGCUGAAUAAGAAGAGAGCCAUCCCCAACCAGGGGGAGAUCUUGGUGAUCCGCAGGGGCUGGCUGACCAUCAACAACAUCAGCCUCAUGAAGGGCGGCUCCAAGGAGUACUGGUUCGUGCUCACGGCCGAGUCACUGUCCUGGUACAAGGAUGAAGAGGAGAAAGAGAAGAAGUACAUGCUGCCCCUGGACAACCUUAAGAUCCGCGACGUCGAGAAGGGCUUCAUGUCCAACAAGCAUGUCUUCGCCAUCUUCAACACGGAGCAGAGGAACGUCUACAAGGACCUGCGGCAGAUCGAGCUGGCCUGUGACUCCCAGGAGGACGUGGACAGCUGGAAGGCCUCAUUCCUGCGUGCCGGUGUCUACCCCGAGAAGGACCAGGCAGAGAACGAGGACGUGGGGCAGGACACCUUCUCCAUGGACCCGCAGCUGGAGCGGCAGGUGGAGACCAUCCGCAACCUGGUGGACUCCUACGUGGCCAUCAUUAACAAGUCCAUCCGCGACCUCAUGCCAAAGACCAUCAUGCACCUCAUGAUCAACAACACCAAGGCCUUCAUCCACCACGAGCUGCUGGCCUACCUGUACUCGUCGGCUGACCAGAGCAGCCUCAUGGAGGAGUCGGCCGACCAGGCGCAGCGGCGGGACGACAUGCUGCGCAUGUACCACGCGCUCAAGGAGGCGCUUACCAUCAUCGGGGACAUCAGCACCAGCACCGUGUCCACGCCCGUGCCCCCGCCCGUCGAUGACACCUGGCUGCAGACCACAGCUAGCCACAGCCCCACUCCACAGCGCCGACCAGUGUCCAGCGUGCACCCACCGGGCCGGCCACCCGCAGUCCGGGGCCCCACACCGGGGCCGCCCCUGAUCCCCAUGCCUGUGGGAACCACGGCCUCCUUCUCGGCACCCCCCAUCCCGUCCCGGCCGGGGACCCAAGUGUUUGCCAACAAUGACCCCUUCUCGGCGCCACCGCAGAUCCCGUCCCGGCCAGCGCGGGUGCCCCCUGGCAUCCCCCCAGGAGUGCCCAGCAGAAGGCCGCCCGCUGCGCCCAGCCGGCCCACCAUCAUCCGCCCAGCCGAGCCCUCGCUGCUCGACUAGGCGCGCCCGCUCCCAGGGUUGCGCUGUCCCUCUCUGGGGGCCUGGACCCCCUCGCUACCCCAGCCCCCGUGCUGGGACCAGGCUCCUGGGGCACCUUGCCCCUCCCCGUCCCACUGGACACCGCACCGUGCAAGGGACCGAAGGCCCGGGCAGGGGGUGCUGGGGUGUUGCACUUUGGGGGUGGGGUCUAGGUGCCAGCCAGGUGGCCCCGCUCCAGGUGCCAUCUUGAAGGAGGGGUCCAGGCCAGUUUGGGGUCUCUUCAGCUGGGGCAACUUGCAUAGACUAGGCCAUCUGGAUGCUGGGGUGCCAAGGGUGUCUGGGUCCCCAGGCUGUGCUGGAGUUUUCAUGGGGGACCCCCUACACCCAGCCCACGUUGUACAUAUUCCCUCUUUGGCCACAUUAACCACACAGCCGGAGCCCAGCUGCCUCGGCUGCCAGAGGUGCCUUCGCCAGGCCUGGAGUCUCCACCGGGCUGGCCUCACUCCCUCCUCUGCCCUCCUCCUCCUGGGCCCCCAGUUCAAGUGGAGGGGCUUGGGGGCCCCAGGAGCCCCUCUCUGAGCAAAGCUCUUGCUCACUCCUGGCUCGGUUUGACCACUGUAAGUGCCUGCGCUCUGUACCCUAUUAAUAAACUAAAUAAAGGGAAGAACCUUC